AUGUCGCAACUAAUUCAUUUACAUAAUGGAUUUUCAGCCUCAGCGAAGCGGUCCAGUUCAUCUGGGGCCGCUCCUACGCGGAAAUCGUCCACACUGCCGCCGUCAACGGCCUCGUUUUCACGUGAAAAGGAACGAGAAACUGAGCAGAAGCAGGCAGAAGCAGUUGAAGAAGUGGAUCCGUUACUAAUGUUCGAGUUCACAUCAUGGCGUGACGCCGGACAUCCUUUAGCCCAUCAUCCGUUCAUGGAUCGAGUCAAUAUAGAAGAGAUUGCGCCAUGUAUGACGUUUAGUGCAAAAGAGGUUCGUCAUGAUGGCUAA